CGCGGCAGCACGCGCCGCCCACCCCCGAAUGCGCCGGCAGCCCGGGCGGCGGCCACUUCCGGCGGCGUAGCGGCCAUUUCCGGUGUGCGCGGAAUGCCGCUGUUCAACCGGCCGCGGCGGCGCGGCGCCGACUCGGCCAGUCCGGUGAACGGACAGCGCGCCGGUUCGGACAGCUCGGGCGAGGGCUCGGCGGGCCAGGAGCGGCGCGCCGACUCGCCGGCUCGGCCCAAGCUGGUGUUUCACUGCCAGCUGGCGCACGGCAGUCCCACCGGCAUCAUCUCCGGCUUCACCAACGUCAAGGAGCUGUACCAGAAGAUCGCCGACUGCUAUGACAUGCCCGUCUCGGAGAUACUGUUCUGCACCCUGAACACGCACAAGCUGGACAUGUCGAAGCUGCUCGGGGGCCAGAUCGGCCUGGAGGACUUCAUUUUUGCACAUAAGAAAGGUCAAGCCAAGGAGAUCGAGAUCGUCAAGACGGAGCAGGCGCUGGGACUGACGAUCACCGACAACGGCGCCGGCUACGCCUUCAUCAAGCGCGUCAAGGAGGGCAGCGUUAUGGCCCGGAUACCACACGUGCAGGUGGGCGACCACAUCGAGAAGAUAGACGGCGUCAGCCUGGUGGGCAACAGGCACUACGAGGUGGCCAAGAGGCUGAAGGACAUCCCGGUCGACAAAGCCUUCCUGCUUCGGGUGGUGGAGCCUCUGAAGGCCGGCUUCGCCAACAUCGGGCCCCGCUCCGACCCGCGCGCCGGCAAGAAGGCAGGCUACGGCUCGGGGAAGGCGACGCUGCGCCUCAGGGCGAACGGCCCGGCUCGACUGGAGGACGCCCCAACUGACAUGGUGGAGGCGGCUACAAACAAGAUCAACUCUCUUCUGGAGAGCUUCCUGGGCAUCAACGACUCGGAACUAGCCACGCAAAUCUGGGAGCUGGGCGAGUCGAAGGCCAACACGAUGGAGUUCGCCGAGGCUAUCGACGGCUCGGACCUCGAGGCCUUCGGCUUCACCGACGACUUCGUCAUCGAGCUGUGGGGCGCCAUCACCGACGUCAAGGCCGGACGGGUCAAGUGACGCGCCGCGGGCGGGGCCGGCUCGGCUCGGCUCGGCUGGUCACGUGCCGUGACACUGGCCUGCCUGUCGGCUCGGUCGGUCCAGUGACGCGCCGCUGGCACGGUCACUGGGUCUCAGGCGUCUGGCUGACACGGAUCGACGCCGCCGGCCGCCGGCGCGCGUGUACCGCGUGAGGCGCUGGGAGAGGCGUGAGGAGCGCACCGCCUGGCGAAGUACCGGGCCGGCUGGGUGCCAGAGGACGCGAGACGGGACGCGGCCAGGGAUGGGCAUACGGCAGAGUAGAACCGAACCCAGCUGGCCGAGACGGGCGGGGACCGGCGCGGCGCGGCGGAGUCAGACGGUGGUGCUGCUGGCCAUCCGACCGCCGGUCAACACAUUCCUACACGCGCGGCCCGGCCUUCCGCUCCGAACACGGCGGUGCUGGUGGUGCGCGCCUGGUGUGGAGAACACCUGUGCCAGCGCCGGCUCUGCAGCCACAGCCAGGACACAGUCGGCGGUGGCGCCACCUAGUGACAGCGGUGAGAGCCGGAGGAGCACUUUCUUAUAGGUAGUCAUCGUGACAGUGAUUCCCACUUGGUAUUCCGGAAAUACAGAUGUACCCAGA